CACGUCAGUUGACCGAGGCGCGUCGACCCGUCAGCCGUAUCCCGCGUUACCGGUUGUGAUCCGUUGUGAUACAGCGUGUGAUGUUGUGAAAAUGGAGGAGGAGUCGAUGUCGGGACACAGUUGUUCGGAGGACGAUAUUAGUGUGGGUCGGCCGUCGCCGGCGCCCUCGCGGUCGCCGUCGCCGCACGACUACUUCAGGCCGCUGAAGCGUUUGAAGAUGUCCGAGCCGGCAGAGGAGAGGCGCGGGGAAGGAGUGAAGAGUUUCAGUAUUUUGGACAUUUUAUCGCACAGCCCGCGGACGCCGGCGAGGAUAGUGAGGCCUUGGGACGGAGCGGCGGCAGGGUUGGAGAGGUUACAGAGGUUGCAGCGGCUUGCGGGGGCUGCUUUGUUGGACGGCGAGCGCUGGCGGCUAGCAGCGCUGGGCCUCCUCCGGCCCCGGGAGGCCACAGAAUGCGACUCGGUGUCGGAGCGGUCCUCCUCGGCCUCCGACUGCUGCUCGGAGCCGCGCCGGCCGCACCCGCAGAACGCCCCACACACGCCUCUCGAUGCGCUGUUCCACAUGACCAGCAAGACCUUUGAAGCCAACAAUCCUGACAAUGGAGAUGGUCAGUCAAAUCACCUGAACCUGUUCAACUCGAGGCCACAGCCGAAGAAGAAACGAAAAUCCCGAACUGCUUUCACGAAUCACCAGAUCUUCGAGCUGGAGAAACGGUUCCUCUACCAAAAGUACCUCUCUCCUGCAGACAGAGAUGAAAUAGCCAGCUCUCUCGGUCUCUCCAACGCCCAAGUCAUCACCUGGUUCCAAAACAGACGAGCAAAGUUGAAGAGAGAUAUGGAGGAACUGAAAAAAGACGUGGAAAGUGCUAAAGUACUAAGCGCGCAUAAGAGCUUUCUAGAAAAUGUCACGGAUUUAGGCAUUUUGAAGAAGAAAGCUAUGAGCAUAGGGGCGAGCGAGGAGGCAGCUACUAACCUGGUAGUGAACGCGUCUAAAUGAAACGAGGCAUCGCGCGCGAUUGCACAGGAGGCGUUGUACGAUCGCCGCGCGCUCGAUUUUUAAAAAUCGAAUGUUCGAUUCGAACGAACUCUAUGGUGAAUUACUUUUUUAAACUAUCGAACUUUUUAAUAGUGACGUUUGAUGUAUCUCCACUAAUGGUUAGUAUGGCGUAAAGUACUUCACUCUCUCUAGUGUUAGUUGUACAUAGAAUCUGAUAGGUGUAGUCUUAGGUAACUGUACAAAAAACUUAUGAAGAAGCUUCGUUGGAAAUUUAAAUGUGAUAGUUGAUUUUAUUAUUUAAGUACUUAAAUAAUUUUAUAGAGAUAUUCCUAAAUUAUUUAUUGCGGGGUUUACGUCGACUGGCGCAUGGAUUGCAAUUUCGAAAUUUUAUACUGAAUUAAUUUAUUUCAUGUAUUUUUGUAUUUAUUAAACCAGUACGUGCAAUAUGGAAAUUAUGUUUCAAAACUCCUGUGUGCCAGUGAUGUAAAUCGGACCCUAAAAGUAACAGUGUACAUAAUAGAUAAAUGUGUAGAUUAAGUUUGAAUUUUAAGUAUAUUUGUGUAAGAUUUCCAGCAAAUAUGUCUAGAUACAUUAGUAGACUAAUUACUAAUUCAUAAUAUUGACUAUGUCACUUAUUACUCUUAUUAGAGCCUGAGGGGUUACCGCGAAAACCGAAAUUCGCAAAUUGCGGGGAUCUUUCUCUUUUACUCCAAUGAAGGCGUAAUGAGAGUAACAGGGAAAAAUGCCCGCAAUUUGCGAACUUAGAUUUUCGCGGUUAUAGCCCUGUGCGGAAAGAGAAGAUCGUGGAAUACAAGGGAAACAUUCCAUUGACUCUUCUCUUUCCGCACAGAGGGCUUAUCGCGAACCACGUUCGGCGUGUUGCCUCCCUGUCACACGUACGAAUUUACAGGUGCGACAGAGAGGCAACAAGUCGAACGUGGUUCGCGGUAGGUCAGAGGGGCUACCGCGAAAACGGAAAAUCGCAAAUUGCGGGGAUCUUUCUCUCUUACUCCAAUGAAGACGUUAUAAGAGUGACAGAGAAAAAUGCCCGCAAUUUGCGAACUUCGAUUUUCACGGUUAUAGCCCUGACUCUACCAAGAUUGAGACAUUAUUACCAGCCGGUAUUAUAAAUGAAUGUUAAAAUAAAUACAAUAUUUUAUGUAUUUUUUCAUAGAAUGAAUCAAUUAAAACAAUUAUUUAUGGUGAAAGUAAUUCUGCACGUGGGCUAGAAUGUUGUAUGUAAAAUAUAAAUUAUGUAAUUGACUUUUAUUACCGUUAAAGUAAAAUCGAUAGAGUGAGACCACGAGAAAUAAUUAAAAUAAGCCUACUUUUAUAAUAAUACAAAUAAAAUGAAUACAUUACGUCAAUGCAAAUAAUUACUUGAGGAAACAGUUGAAGGCAGAUGAUUAAUAUAUGCAUACAAGUAAGAAUCAAAUUGCGCCUAAAUUGUUUAGUAUUACUAUACAAUUUGUGACGUCCCACGGGUAAAGGUACCUUAUGGCGGUUGGCGCUUACGCUACUUUUAACGCCGCUCCAAUAUUAUUGCGGCGCUAUAGGACGUAAGCACCAGCCGCCAUAAGGUACCUUUUUCUAAAGAACGUCACAUUUUAAAAGCUUUCUCGUGGACUCACUUUUUCGUCUUAGCGCCAUAAAAUACUCUUUCAAGAAAACCAUAUUUAUUUAGGUACAUUAUAUUUACCCGUGCAAUAUUGUUGGGUCAAACAGAUCACUGUGUUACGUUCUUUCCUAUGGACAUACACAAAGUUAAGGGCUAUAAAGGUUAAUUUUCUUAUUUAACCCUAACCCACGUAAAAAGGUCCUCCUUUUAUUUACAGAACUAUGAUAAAAUCAUUACUUACAUGCCCACAAGCUGUUAACUAUUGCCCACAGGGGAGAAAAAUGUACAGUUCGCGCGAACACGCUAGUUUUCUCUCCUGUGGGCAAUAGUUAACAGCUUGUGGGCAUGUAAGUAAUGAUUUUAUCAUAGUUCUGUAAUUAAAAGGAGGACCUUUUUACGUGGAUAAGGGUUAAAUAAGAAAAUUAAUCUUUAUAGCCCUUAACUUUGUGUAUGUCCACAGGAAAGAACGUAACACAGUGAUCUGUUUGACCCUGUUAUCAGAAAUAUCGUAAACCGUAUUAAGAACAAUUGUCAAUAUUGAAAUGUUAAAAAGUUCAAUAAAUUGUCAUUUACUUUGUGCCAACUUUUGUCAUCACUAUUUCGCUUCAAAUGUUACAUUCAAUUUGAAAACUUUCAUCAGUUGUUUUAGAAUAAGCCCUUCAGUCUUGUCUAUGAGUCUUUCACAGACAGCGAAAAUAGCCCUUGAAAGAGUAUGGCUGUAUAUAAACCUCUCGUUCCUACCGCAGCGAUGCGAUAUUUUAUACUUAUGUAGUGGCGUCUGCGCCUCCGGUACUGUGCAUAUAAGCUGGUGUAAAUAAACAAUUAUGUGUUA